CGCGCCAUGGGCUUGUGCGCGCUGAUCCAGUCGCACUGGACCGUCGAGCGCGUGCCAAAGUCCUCGCGGCAGAUCGACGCCGAGCGCUAUCUCUUCUGCCUCCCGUCGCCGUUCGCGUGCGACACCUACUACGUCUCGCGCGGCGUGGCCUUUAGCCGCUGGCACCUCUUUUUCGCGGCCUUUGUCACGCAGUUUUGCGUCGGGUCGCUCUACGCGUGGUCGGUUUACAACGCGUACAUUGACGACUACAUCUUUGGUGACCCGACCGCCGGCCACGCGGUCGUCGCCUUCUACCUCGCGUGCGGCUCCCUCGGCCUCUCGGCCGCGAUCCUCGGCCCGUGGCUCGAGCGCACGGGCCCGCGGUUCGCGAUCGCGGUCGGCGCGACGCUCUUCGUGCUUGGACACAUUGGUGCUGGCCUCGGAAUCUACUACAAGAGCAUGGCGCUCGUGUACGUCAUGUACGGCGGCGUCGUCGGCUCGGGCAUUGGCAUUUGCUACAUCUCGCCGGUUGCCACGCUCCAGAAAUGGUUUCCCGACUUGCGUGGCACGGCCGGCGGCUUUGCAGUCUGUGGCUUUGGCGCCGGCCCCGUGCUCUGGGCACUCCUCUUCCCGUACCCGAUCAAGGUGUGGGGAACACCCGUGUACCUCUCGUUCAUGGUGUUUGGCGCGGGCAUGAGCCUCAUUCUGUAUGGUUGCGCGAUCGUGAUGCGGACGCCGCCGCCGGGCUUCUCCGUGCGUGGCAAGGACAUGCAUGGCGUUCACCAAGACCGCAUCAAGAUCACGGUCGAUGCCCACGAACACGCCCGACUACCGCGGCGCGCGCCCAACGGCAACGUCAUUUUGUUUGUGCCAGAAGACCUCGAGGUGCCGAUCGCGGAAGAGACUACCGCGCACCCGCACGAGUACUACCGCGAGUCGGAGCUCGACGACUCGGAGCUCUUUUACUUUCAUCGCAUCAAGCAGCUGCCGCUCGCUGCGUGUGUGACGUCGCCCGAGUUUGCCUUGCUCUGGAUCAUGUUUUUUCUCGAAAUUUCGUUUGGCCUUGUGCUCAUCUCGCGCCUCAAGGAUUUAGAUCUGUACGUCUUUAGCGCCAACGUCUCCGCGUUCACGCCCGACGACGUCAACCGCGCCGAGCGCAUGGUCAGCUACAACGGCAUCUUCAACUUUGGCGGUCGCCUCAUGGUGCCUAUGGUCUCGGACCUGCUCAUCCGCGGCUGCUACGUGCACCCGGCCGACGGCCGCAAGCUCAUUUUUCUCGUCAUUUUGGCCGUCCAAGGCGGCAUCGCCCUCGUGUUGCAGUCGACGCUCGAAGAAAAGAACCAUGGCCUCUUCCAGACGCUCGUCUGGCUCCUCACGUUUGUCUAUGGUGGCGGCUUUGGCACGAUCCCGUGCUUCCUCUGCGAUAUGUUUGGGGCUUAUAACAUUGGCGCGCUCCACGGCAUCAUCCUCACGUGCUGGUCAAUUGCGGGCGUCGGCGGCGGCCUCGGGUUCACGAGCCUCUUUGACGCCGCGAUCAAGACGCAGUCGACCGUCGCUGCGUACGGGGCUGCGAUGCCGCUCUUUAGUAUUGGCUCGGCCGUAGGCUUUCUCGCACUGCUUUUGGUCCGCACGAAUCCCGUCGACCGGUUUGCGCCCGGGUAUCAAUUCAGCGUCGGUCGCUUCCAGCUCUGCCACUUGGGUCAACGCAAAUCGAAACUGACCAAGCGACCGCGCGCCACGACGUCUGGCCGCGUGACUGGCAACGACUACCACAAUCUACCGCCGCGCUCGUAACGCAAGCGAAAUAGAGGCGAAUGUGUGCACAAAGACUCUAAGAAAAAAUUUGACUAUAUUUGAUCUGAU